AUGAAUGAUAUCCCGUCUGCGGGUGAGGUGUUCCGCAGCGAUGACGGCACUGUCUCCACCAUCCUGCCCAGUAACUACGGGCAGGACUACGAGGCUUCUGAAGGGGAGCUGGAGGAGUACGCUGAGUACAUCGGCAUUGACCCCGCUACGGAGCCGGAGCUGAUGUGGAUCGCAAAGGAGGGGCUUCGAGCGGCACUGCCGGAUGGCUGGCGUGCGUGCCAGACUGACGACAACGAAGUAUACUACUUCAACUUCCGAAGUGGCGAGAGCCUCUGGGACCACCCAAUGGAUGAGCACUACAAGAAUCAGGUCGUCAGCGAACGCGCGAAGCGAGGCAGUGGCGGCGGCGGUAGUAGCGUGGAGGUUACCAUUGGCGGCGCCCCCCACACCGGCCGGACAGCCGCAGUGACGGGGUCUACCAAGGCCAUCGCCGACUCCUUCUUCUUGAGACCUGCUGCGGCAGGCUCGUCGAACCGGACACCUGGCUCUCUCACUGGCAUCGGCGGUGGUGGCAUAGCUGCGGUCACCACCGGCACUACGCCAGGGAAGGGCCUUUCUAUACCCGGCAGCUCUAUGAACGACGGCGCCAGUGCGCUGCGAGCUCCACCGGACGUGUCGGCCAUCUUGGCACUGUCCUCCACCACGUCGCACCCUCCUCCUCCCGGCGCGAGCCGUGCCACAGCAAACACUGGCUUGUCUCGCAUGAAAGAGCGUGAGGCCGUACUGCGGAAGCGGCUGGAGGAGGGGAACGAGGCACAGCUUCAAGUUCUGCGCAUUGAACUGGACAAGAAGGCGGACGCAGAGCGACAGAGACUGGCGGAGGCGCGGACGAAGCUCCAGAAGGAUCUUGACGCCGCUUGGGAGCAGGAGGGCUCUGAUACAGCCGGUGGAACUGUAGCCGCGUCGCCAGCGGCUAGUACGGCCACCCAGGGUCGCCUGCAGAUCGUCCGUGAGGUAAAACAGAUCGAGGAGAGCUGGAAGACCCGUCUACACGACGUUGGCACUCGUGUGCGAGAGCUGCAGCAGCAGGUGGAGGCGAAGCAGCAGACACUUCUGAAAACCUGUCAGCAGUCUCCGGAGGAGCUGAGAAAAGCACUCGAGGCAUGCAACGCUGCUGAGGUAGCGCAGCUGCUGGAGACGAGGAAGAAGGAGAGCGACGUCGCCCUCGCCCAUCUCAAGAGCGAGCAGGCAUCGAAGCUGACGGAGGCGCAACUGCGCGCUAGCGACGCCAUCGCCGCGGCUGAGAAGGCGACCGAGGCGGAGUUUCGGAAGAAGGUGCUGGAGCGCCGAGCGCAGAACGAGGCAAUGCUUGCCGCACUGCAGGCAGCGGUGGAGGCGAAGCAGGCGGAUCUGACUGUCAAGGAAAGAGCCACUGCUGCCGCAUUGACGACGACGACGACGAAUGCCACUGCGGCAGCCGCUGCAGCGGACGUGUCCUCAGACGCUGACGAGGCCACAGUUGCCGCAUCUCAGGCAGCGGCUGACGCUGAGGUGGCGAAGGCAAGAGAAGCAAGCGCAGCCGCGGUAGCACAGCUGCGAGAGGAGUACACCAAGAAGAAGAGCGAGAAGGAGGUAGCUCUGAGAGCGGCUCAGCAACAACAGCAGCCGCUGAGUCGUUCAUUGCCUGCCUCUUCGGCAGUGUCUAGCCCUACGGUCGACCUCACCAGUCCCGGAGACGACUUCAGCGCGCAUGGCAUCGGUGUUGCGGACCAGGCAAAGUUGGAUGAAGAGGACCAGAAGCUGAGAGACGAGGCUUGCAGGGCUGCAAGAAUCUUUGAGGAGGAAACGCAGAUCAUGGUAGAGAACAAGAAGGCUGGCCGACCUCUCACUGCGACCCCGUCGGCGGACGUCUCUGCAUGCGUUUCUGCAGAGGCGAUUGCAGCUCUCGGACGCACGGCCAACCAGGAGCAGCGCGCACGCGAGGCUGAGAACAUGCGACACUUCAUGGCUAUGAAGCAGCUGGAGACGAAGCACGAUCAGGUCGUGCGGGCCAUGAAGGCCCAGCUGGAGAAGAACUUGGGGUCGUCGACAUCGUCGUCCGCGUCCAGCAUUUUUAAUCCUCGCCAGCAGCCCUCGUUCACCGCGCAGCUCACGGCUCGCAAGCAGGCGUGGCUGCGCGAUCAUCCGGCGCCAUCGGCGGAGAUGCCAAUGCUUCCGCCCAUUCCGACGCUGCCGACUGCCACUCUGCAGUCAGGCAUGGUUGCUGUGUGUAUGCCUGGCGAAGAGGAGCAGGCGGAGUUAGUCAAGGUACGCCUCGUUGAGGUGCGCGAGGAGGCUCAGCAGCGGUAUGACGAAGAGGCGCAGGCGCUUCAAGCAGCUCGUGAGAGGGACCUCGAGACGUGGAGGGACGCGUAUAGGUCAUCACGGCUGAGGGAGGUCGAGAAGACCUUGGCAGAGCUGAAGGAGGCUGCCACUGCCGAGUCCGAGAAGCAACCAACCGAACUGCUGGUGCCUUGUGGUACAGCCGCAGCAGUGGAGGCUGCAACAGGCGAGGGGCGCAGGCUGGAGAGGUUGCAGUCAGAGUUGCAGGUCCUGGAGGAUGCCAUUGCCUCUGCAGACGGCGAGCACGAGCGCCAGACCCGUGCUCUGGAGGCGAACAUCGUCUGCCUUGAGGAGUCAUUGGCACAACUACGCACACUGGAGCGCCACGAGGAAGAGGCGAGGGCAGUGCAACGUCACCUCCAGCAGCAGGGCCAGCUGGCAAAGGGUGCAAGCGAGUCCUCGUCCUACGCACAUCCAGACACCGCCUCCGCCUCGCCGUCGAGGACGACACUUCCAACAUCGAGCAAGCUCUACAUAACGGAGGAGGAGGCAGCUGGUGAGGAAGCGGUUCUGCGUGCGCGGUGGACGGCCCUUAUUAGAGCGCUGCGUGGUGCCGUCCAACGCGAGAUGGAGGCGUACGAGCGCGCACUGAAUGGGUACUGUGUUCCGCACCACACAUCCAGCGCCGUUGAAGCUGCGGGCACGCAUCCGGCUUGUUUUACAGCGGCGACUGUGACUACACGUGGCGGGGCUUCAGUGCACCACACUGUGAGCACUCCGCGUGAUGGGAACCCGGGGACAAGCGCAACUUCCUCUUUACCGCCGCCUGCCCCUUCUUCAGUCAUGAUGACUGGUAGUACACUGCCGGGGCAACCGGCGGCAGUGCUAGAGCAGCCACCACCGCCGGCGUCGUCUUCAGUGGCUAUUGGCUCUACUUUCACAAACCUCUCUGGCUACACUACCCCACUUCAGCGACCUUCCCGAAACCACGACGACAGCGGCACGGGCUCGAUGAUGAUGAGUUCUACUGCGUCACGGAUGCCGAUUCCUCCGGCACCGCAGCUGUCUCUGAUGGACGGACACUUGGGCAGAGGUGGCGCUCCCGCUGCCUUCUCCGUGCAGCGGCCACUUCUCAUCCCCUCACCAGAGCGGCAACCUCACCACUUGUGGCCUGACGCAAGCGCCAUGUCGUCCUCAGUUGCUUCGCUGGGGGCGCGUAGCCGAUAUCUCGACCCAAGCGGAGGCGUGGGCGUAUCUCCCGCAGCGGCGCCGUGGGCGACUGCCCCUGGUGGUGCACGGGGUGGAGGACCUCCAACUGGCACCUCCGCUGCGUCUGCGCAGCAGCUCAUGGCGGCACUUGUCGGCCACGCCAGCUACUCUGGCGGGACGGCGAACGGCAGUGCCAUUGACGAUGCUGAGGUUGCGCGUGUGCAGCAUCAUGCGGCGCGUCUGGCGGCUUUGCAGCAGACUGUGCUGGCGCGCCGGCGCGACCUGGAGGCCCGACGGCGCGAGAUAGAUAGGCUCCGUGACGUAUGGCGUGCUGACAUGCGAGCCUGCAAGCAGCACAGCGAUCGCGCACAGGCUCUCCAGCUGAGAGAAGUGAAGGCUGCGUUAGAGGUGCGGGCCCGGGAGUUCAACAAGGAGGUACUGAAGCUGAAGAAACUGCAGGCGCGCAUACAUAAGGAGGUCGUUCACUUCCGUCGGUGGCUGGCCUUCUGA